UAUUUUAGGUGCUUGUAGCCUGUGUGAGAGUGGGCUAGCGGCUCGAAGACAGUAAAGUUAGCCUGCUUCUUGUAGAGCAUUCUGAGUUUUAUUUUUGUUCUUCGCUAAGUAUCCCUUUAUUAGCAUGGUUAGUGUGAUAGGAAUUCGAUAUUUCAAGCCAUACAAUAUUGUUAGAUUGUAUCGGCAAUGUCUUACAAAGUUGGGUUUAGCAAUCGUAUACUUGAGUCAGGUUGAGAAUUCUUGAACAAAAAUACUGGUCGAGCUCUUAGAAGGAAGAAAUUUUAGAAAAAAAAACAUCAUCAUGAUGGGGAUGAAGAAUCGCAAUUUGGAGAUAACCAUUCCCCGGAGUUUUCCUGUGGUGUUGUUGAUGUUCCUGAUGGCAUGUUCUCAGGUUGGGACCAUUAAAUCUAUCGGGAUCUACCUCGAAGAUAUCUCAUGGAGUCUUGGAACGACCUCCGCAGAUAUUGGACUCGCCCUCGGACUCUUCAACGCAUUUGGAACCUUCCUGGCCCCCCUGGUUGUCGCGCUCUAUCGACUGAGAACGUUUCGUCGCGUUAUGCUCAUUUCGGGAUCAUGUUUCGUAUCUCUGGGUGUCGUCUUAACAGCUAUGGCAACCACAAACGCUCAGAUUGCUAUAUACCUAGCAAUAAGUGGCAUCGGUCACUGCAUUCUAGGAACAUUGACAACCGUCGCACUGGACCAAAUCGCAAAGACGCAAAACUUUGAUGCACUAUAUGCUUUGGGAAUGAGCGGGUUCGGGCUAGGAAUGGUACUUCUGCCAUUCUUAGCCGAUGUCCUUGGUCCAGUGUAUGGUUGGAGAGGAGGACUCCUCAUUCUUGGCGGCUUAAUGUGCAACCUAAUCCCCUGUGCCACGGCAAUACAAGUUGAACCCUCAUCAUGCAAUGAUGAAGUAUCAGAUAUCAUUGAUGACUUCAAUGGAAGUGGAUCUGAUGAGGAAAGAGACUGCAAAGAUUACUCAACCGAUGGUGAAAUCACACCGCUAUGCCCCGAAAGCAGUCGGGGUUCACAGCCUGACCGAACUGAGCGUCUCGUGGUUGGUGAUCUUCGAUCAGCAAAGUCGUCUGCGGUCGACCAGAAUCAAAUUGAUCCUCAUGAACACAACUCAAGUUCCAGACCAUGCCUUGGUAGAUUAGCCGAGAGAGUUCGUGGUUCAGAUUUUUACAGGAACCGAGUAUUUAAUUUGGUGCUUUUAGCGAACAUGACGUUUGGUGUGGUUUACUGUGGUUGGCAUGGAUUUCUGGUUCCCCACGCCAUUCAGCGAGGCUACUCCAUCAAUGCUGCCAUCUUAAUGACAUUCUUUGCCUCUAUAGGCAACUUCCUGGGCAGACUCUUGACGGGUGCCCUCUCCGAUCGACUGGCGAAACCCACCAUCCUAUACCUUGUUGCAACCUUGCUAAACAUCGUUGCUAUUCUGUGCGAUGUGAUCCUUCGCAAUUACUAUGUAAUGUUUGUAAUGGCAUGUCUAUCUGCUAUAAGCAUUGCUUCAAAAGCUGUUCUAGGGCCACUGGUAUUGAGGAAGACAGCGUCUCCGGGAAGCUUCAACGUUGCAUAUGCAGCCCAUGAGCUACUCUUCGGGAUCGGGAACUUCCUCGGGGGCUACUUGUCAGGUAAGAUCGGUGGCCUUUACUCUUCCUACGAUGCUGCUUUCGUCUUUCUAGGUUGCACUGACAUUGUUGUCCUUUUACUGAUGCUCUCUACCAUUACGGUUGUUCAUCAAAAAACAAAAAUAGAUAAUAAAGACUGAGCAAAAUAUCUAAAUGAUAUUAAAUGAUAAUGCCAGAAUUCGAAUAGAAUUCAAUUAGUGUUUAUAUGAUAUCUUACAAUGCAUGAUUUCCAAGUGUUCUUCUUAAUCUUGCACUUUGGAUCCAUGCCUACUUGGCUGGUUAAGAGGCAUUUGUCUCUUUAAUUCCAGUACUUUCAGUAUCCUGAAUCUGUCAAUGUCUACUGGUGUUUUCCCAGAGAAUCUUAGAUCGUCCAUUAUAAAACAAGUUUAGAAGUCUACUCUGGACAGAGAUAGUUUAUGUAGUUAUAGACCUGUGUCUACAUGCCAUUUGUAGGCAAAGUGGUUUACAAUGCUGUUUCCAAACAGGUAUCUACUUUUGUAACACGGAAUACUAUAGAUAUUCAUUACAAAAAAUGCAUUAUUAUAUAUGUACUGGAUGUUCUCAAUGGGUGCAUAUAUUUUGUGGACAGGUAAUGAACCUGUAACUUUAGUAAUAUUGUAGCUCGAAUCGCUGCGUGCUAAUAGCAGCUCACUGUUCAUUGGUAUAUUGUAUAGGAAACCUGAUAGUCACUCAGAAUUCUUUGAGAGUUUAGAACAAAAUCUUGAGAAAGUAUUUGCAAAAUAAUGCAAUGUUAUUAUACUUGGGGAUUUUAACUGUAACAUGUUACCUGAUAAUAAUCUGUCAAAAAGUUAAAAAAAUAAAUAUAUAAAUCUAUGUAUGACCGAGCAGAUGACACAGAUUAUACCUGAACCCACGAGAGUUACGCCUAACAGACAACAGCUAAUCACUUAUUGCUUUAAUUUGUAUUUCUGACUCACUUAGUGAAAGUGUCAUUAAAUCAGAAGUACGAAUAACAGGUUUAAGUGAUCACUACGUAAUAUUUACUGUCAUUAAAGGUUAAUAUCAAUCUCUUUCUCCAAAGAUGAGCAAAUCUUGCUCGUUCAGACAUUUUAAUUUUCACACAAUUAAGGACGAUAUGAGCAACAUUGACUGGAAAGAAUUCUAUUCAUCUGGUCAGGAUGUAGAACAAUUGUGGAGUUGUGUUAGAAGUACUCUGUUGGAAAUUUGUAAGACUUGCCCCACUUAUAUCAGUGCAUCUUAAACAAAGAGGUGUACCAUGAUGGCUAUCUGAAUCUAGUACGACAAAAAGGUUACUGUCGAAAAUAAAUCUGAAUAACCAAAAUAAUAUCUUGGUGUAUUAAGCAGUUUACAAACAAUAUCUUUAUCCGAAUGUGAAUUUAUAUUCCGUGAAAUAAAAAAAAAUACGUUUUUAAGGCAUUGUCAAACAUUUAUUGUUCAAAGGCUGUUGGAGUAAAUGGCAUACAUCCCAAGCUUCUGUCUGCUCCUUUUUAGUAGAACCAUUGGUAUAAUUUAUACAAUAUGAUAUAUUCCGUGAAAUAAAAAAAAUACGUUUUUAAGGCAUUGUCAAACAUUUAUUGUUCAAAGGCUGUUGGAGUAAAUGGCAUACAUCCCAAGCUUCUGUCUGCUCCUUUUUAGUAGAACCAUUGGUAUAUUUAUACAAUAUGAUAUAUUCCGUGAAAUAAAAAAAAUAGGUUUUUAAGGCAUUGUCAAACAUUUAUUGUUCAAAGGCUGUUGGAGUAAAUGGCAUAAAUCUCAAGCUUCUGUCUGCUCCUUUUUAGUAGAACCAUUGGUAUAUUUAUACAAUAUGAUAUUGCGAGCAUGUGCUAUUCCAAGAGAUUUAAAGGCGGCAGGAAUUACCCCCAAUACAUGAAGGAGGAACAUAUAUCGAUAGAUUAAGACCGAUAUCUGUACUACCUGCCUUGUCUAAACUAUUAGAAAGAGCAAGCCACAAUCAACUUUAUGAAUAUUUGAAUAAAAACAAACUGUUAACGAAUGCCCAGUCAUCUUGUAGAUCUUUGCAUUUUACUACUACACGUCUAACUGAAAUUAUAUACUAUAUGUUUGAUAAAAUGGAUCAGGGGCGAAUGAUCGGAGGUAUUUUCCUCGAUUUACGUAAAGCAUUUUAUGGUAUACCACACAAUUCCAUUCUUUGAAAACUUAAGUAUCAUGGAAUUAAGGUAAACGAAUAUGAUUGGAUGAAAGCAUAUUAAUCAGACAGGAGACGGUUUUGUCAUAGUAAAUAUUUGUAUCAGUGAAAGUGUAGAAAUUAGAUCAGGCGUCCCACAGGGAUCAAUAUUUGUCCCAUCAAUAUAUUUUUUUUAUCAAUGAUAUAUGUAACUUGAAUUCGAAU